AUGCUCUCUGACAACGCCGGAGACUAUUUCAUGGCGUUCACGAUUGGCGUCACGAUCUUGGAAAAAGCGUUGUACGAUCUGUACGAAAAACAGGCCGACCCGGCAACAUGUCGGAAAAAGAACAUGAUACUACGGGACUUGCUGCAUUCAGAGACGCUCGUCGAUGCCUUACCCAGAGGCUUUCUGCAUCUGCUCAAGAUGCUGCUCUUGCCAUCGGGACUGAAUCUUCGGAAUCUAGUGUGGCAUGGAUUUAUCAUACCAGCCGAGUGUCCCAAAUGUUUCGGGUGCCUCACGAUGCUGCUCGUCAUGAUGCUGCCUGCGUUUAUGGAAGACGGCGCCAGUAGCUCUACGAACGAGACUGUGCGUGACCAUCACGUCGCUGGACUUUUUCGCAUCGACAGCUUUGACGGCCAAUUUGGCACGAAAACGCAGGAGCCGCUGCAAGAAGGAGAUCUGAGACCACAACUCGAUCUUGCUGCUGUCCUUCGUCAGGAACUGCCAGCAGUUCGAGAUCAAGUCAUACGACGAUGGACAACUGCCCCUUUUGUUCCUCAUGGACGGUCAAGUCUUCUUUGGCGUGCUAUUGACGCCCUGGUAGCACGAAGAGACGAGCUGUGGUUCCUGUUUGCUGUACUUCCUAUUCUCGAACAUGCACUGCGAAUGAAGUUUUUUCACGCGAACCAGAAUCGCGCGAGACUAGCAAGUGCAUGUACGUCGGCUCAGGCCGACGCGUACUAUUCGACACUGGAUGGUUUCGGACAGAGAGACAAGCACCAGGUACUGUUGCAUCCACUUGUUCUAAUGCAAGCUGCAGGCGCGGGAAGCGCGAGCGAUGAGCACGACAGCGACUGCAACGACUCUGUUAUGAACGCUUUGUACGAGCAGCUUCCCUUUGCAUCACUGGCGGCUUUGCUGGAUCUCUUCAUGAUGUCCAGCGGGCCCAACCUUCGUGCAAAACUCUGCCAUGGGGAAACGAGUUUGACGAGUCUUCUACAAAGCAGCAACGAUGAGGCUCUUGCACGAAUGAAACUCUCGUCCGCCACUCAGCUGCUGUUUGAAGCACUUGUGCUUAUGUGCGAGAGCAGUAUUGAGCCGUCCAGUGCGCUUGCUACCGAAACGGCAAAUGAAGCUGAUAAGGUCUCACUACCUGCUGCUGUCAGGUGCCGUCUACAGAUCUUCAGUGAUACCACGACGUGCUCUUUUCACCCGUUCUACCGCUUGUAUCGAGCCUUGACUUCGGCUCAUUGCGCUGCAUCGGCAUUUGCUGUUUUUCGUGCAAAAUACACUGCGUACAAUCUCGAAGAAGUCGACGGAGGCGAACCUCGAGAACAACAAGGCCUCACCCGUGUUCGAUUUGCUACUUUUGCCACUACUGAUGGCGCACCGUUCACACUUGUGGAGAAAUCGGAUCGAGUGGCGGAGUUUCUAGCAGCUUUGUCCGCAAAGAGCAGGUCGACAAGUGACCUAUGUGCUGUAAAGGUGAAGAAGGAGAAGAAGAGCUUUGCUCACUUGAUCGGGCAGCUCAGCAGUCAACUUGACGCAGUGUCUGCUCGCAUUCGGGACGACUUUGCAACGAAUCAUCGGGCACAUCUCGUCGGGUCCCGCUGUUGUAUCUUCUUGCCGCCAACGGAAGAAGAACGCACAGUUUCGUCAAUUGGUGGUGCAGAUCUUCUCGAAGGAUCAAUGAAGCGGCGUCUGUUGGCAUUAGGCGACCAAGACGGACUCUCUGUGGCCGCAUGCAUGCUGGAGAUCAUCGCGUGCUGUCAGCGAUCCCUCGAAACGUUUCGAUCUCGCAUCGAACAGCUACAUCAGCUUGUGGCUACAGGAAAAGCACGUUCGAACCAUCGACGCUCGCUGCUCACCUGUAUAUUCUUCCUCCCCGUUUUCGAACACAUGCAAAGGGUGAGUCUGAGCAUCGUGGAGCACCAAAUGGUACACUUGCGCGAAAUUGCUGCUACCGCGGGCAAAGUGGCUUGUACUGCAUCUGGAAAGAGGGUGCUCGACACUUGCCCUCGUGCCGUGCACGUGGAACAACUUCAGUGCAAACUCUUGCAGUGUAUCACUUCGUUCGAAGGCUGCACUGGCAGCAGCGAAGCAUCGCAAAAAAGUAAUGAGCAGGCGGUCGAGCGAGCGCUUCGGUUCUUGAGCUCGAAGGCCUUUAGAGCAGCUUUUCCGCCAUGA